AUGCCCCCAACAGCGCACCCACCGGGUGGAUUUCGGCCAAGAGAUCGACCAAAUUUUGCACCUCAGCCUCUUCUAAUUGAUUUUCUGUUUGGCCAAAAACAUCAACAGUUGGAAAGAGUCUUGAAGAAGCUUCUUUGUGACGUCACCAAUAUUCUUGGCUUAUGUCGCAGUUCACUUCAACCGAUAAUUUCAGAGCGUGAUCCCUUGGCCAACUUUCAGUCGAGAAUGAGCUCCCAGAUUGACUUGAUCAAUCAAUCUGUGACGCUCAUAAAGACGCAGUUAAAUCAAGAACCCGGAUUGGUCGCAAAACGUCUCGAAGAGCUUGAGGAGAGAGCGGACAGCUUUGUGCAACAGAAAACGCGCUUGAUCGAAGCAUUUAUCUCGAAGUCUCAGUUCGAAAUCGUUUCGGCUCUAUCGCAAGCCAUCCGAGACGCAAAAGCCAAACCAGAUGUCGUUUUGGAAGCCAAAAUUGAUGUCCUCGUACAGACUAUAAGCACGAUCAAAGAGAGCGUUCAGGCUCACGACGAUCUUCUGCAAGCCCUCCGGGCAAAUACAGAAGCUCAAACGGAGGCAUCAAGUCAUAUUGCGAAAACACUACAGGAUAUCCUUGAAAUCACAGAGGCUCCAAAGCUGGGAGAGAAGAAGAAGGCCUCGCAGAACGAGCCAAAACGCCGAGCGCCAGACCCUGAGGAGGACCCUCACGACGAAACUCCUUCAAUGGCACUUGGCACCAAGAAUAACAGCCCACCGGCUAUGAACACAAGAGCUGCGAAAGGAAAGGCUAGACAACAAGCUAAGCGAAGGCGAACUUCGUAG